UCAUGCAGGGUGCCAGUCCUACAGUGUGACGUCCAACGGGGCUGCUGUCUGCUCCACCCCCCCGCCUGUGUGCUGCAGUGUCCAGCCUGUCGACUCGCCCUCCUGACAUGGGCGGCACGCCAAAAUGGAUCCUGUUCUCGCGCCGUGAGCACCUCUCUGCCCUGGAGCCUUCCCGAGCCCUCUCCUCUCCCUCCCUCCACCGCCGGGAUCUCUCCUACUGACCACCCCCCCGCGCUCUCUCCCCCUCGACUCCCAUCUCCCUCCCUCUUCCUCAUUAUGACACGUAUGUUCUCCAGCACUGUUUUUAUGCUGAUAGCUCUGCAGGCUGCACUGGCCAAGGUUCAUCCUUACAAACCAGUUAAUGGGUCCUGCCCUGAGGAUGAGUAUGUAAGCAAAGGCGUCUGCUGCAGCAAGUGUAAGCCAGGAUAUUUUGCGAGGAGCCGGUGCACCGCAGACACAGACACGCAGUGCCAGAGCUGCAGGCCCGGCACCUACAUCGACCUGCCCAACUACGCCUCCCAGUGCCGCGGCUGCCGGAGCUGCAGGACUGAGGUUCAGCUGGUGACCCGAUCACCUUGCACUUCCACUCAGGACACGGAGUGUGUGUGCGCGGAGGGAGCGGUGUGUGUGUCCAUCUCCGGGCGCUGUGAGGCCUGCGAGCUGUGGGCCCACUGUCCCCCAGGAACCUACACUGCGAUCCCUGGGAACAACUACACGCACCCCGUGUGCAAGGCCUGUCCGAAUGGGACAUUCAACGAAAAUGACUCUGUGACGGCGGUCUGCAGGAACCACACCGUCUGCUCAGAGUCUGGGAAAGUUCAGGCAUUUCCAGGAACAGCUCUGCGAGACGCUGUCUGUAAAAACCCUGAAGUUGCAGGCUUUUCCUGGCUCGUUGUCAUUGUACCCAUCCUAAUAUCCAUCCUUUUACUUGUUCUUAUUGGCAUGACAUCUUUGUGGAUUGGGAGGAAGACGGCCAGAGGCCACUGUAUGUUUUUUCGACGGAGACAGCCUGACAAUUCUAGCGUGACCUCCCAGAGCCUGCUGGUGCCAGCGGGGGGUGCGAACUACUCGUGCGCGUCCUCCUCCGCCGCCACCACCCCCACCUCCUCCUCCGAGAUGCACAGGCCCGUGGGGAGCCCCCCACUCAACUCGGGGCCCUGCCACCACUCGCUCAUCUCAGGUGGCAUGACGGUCAACGGCAACGUCUUCAUCUACAACGGCCCCGUGAUCAAUCCCUCUCCGGCCUCCUCUCCCGACCUGGACCUCCAGCUCCCCGGGGGCGCGCUCCCCGGACCCCCGGCCAGCUCCCCACUCUCCCCCUCCCUGUCCGUGGAGGAGAGCAGCUCGCCGGUGCAGGAGCAGGCGGCGGGGGGGCAGGCCGUGCAGGAAAGAGGGAAGGAGUAUCACCUGCCCGUGGAAGACACGCGCUCCCAUCAUUCCUAGCACCCGCUGGGAGACUGCCGCCCCCCCCCCCGAGGGGGAGGCGGGGUUAGGGUGGGGCCAGACGCGGACGAUCAGGGUUGCAGGUGAUCGCGCUUGGCGGGAGGGACGCCGACGGACAGAUGCGUGGAGCCCGAGGCGCUGCCCCCACCCCCCGCCUCACCUUGGGUGUGUAAGCUCGGCCCGUCCGCCGGGCAGGGUGGCGGAGUUGCACUUGCCUCUCGGACGGCCUCAGCUCCCAGGGAGCUCCCAGCUCCAAACCGAGGAGAGAUACACCGCGCGCGUACAGUGAGCCCGCCGGCGGACCCUGGACCUCUGCUGCUGCCUGCUGGGUCUGCCGAUUUCCUUUUCGGUGUUGUUGGAGAGCCGGCCGGCUCCCCCUUGGCCAUCAUUCGGGAGGGCUUGGACGCCAGAACCUCCGAGCAGCGCACCGUGGGAUAUGUGAGUGCUGUCGUCACGUGAUGCAUCUGAAACCAGGCCGGACGAUGAUCUUCACCCUGGCUGAUCUAUAAGCACCCUGCCAGAUGAUGACCGAGCUCCUUGACUUUCACGGGUUUUAACUGCAUUAACUACAUGCUGGUUUUGCGGGACAGAGGAUGCUAUGGGUGCCGACACAAGCUUCCCCACAGGAGAAAAGAACAGACUUCAGGACACUGGUGCCUCUGAUUUUCCUCCUUCUUCGGGGAAGUGCUUCACACGCCCCACUGGUCACGCAGGAGGGGACAUGGUUGAAUGUGUUCACCUGGACUUCCAGUCUGGAAGAAUGUUGCAAAGUUCUGUCUGUAAACUUUGGAUUGUGCCAUGCUUGGCAUCUCUUACUCCUGAGUGACUUCAGGAUUAGCCAAUCACCGCUUAGGUGGUUUUACAGUUAGCCAGUCAAUGCUUGGGUGGCUUUGGGAUGAACCAAUCACUGCUUGGGUGGCUUCAUUGUGAACCAAUCACUGCCUGGGUGGCUUCAGGAUGAGCCAAUCAUAUUGGGAAACAUAGUUUUAGCUCAUGGUCUCAUUGGAAAGCAAGUACAGGUGCAUAAAAAACGUGUACUGGGAUGUCAUUUUCUUAUUUAAUUGAAAGUUUGCGAGAGGCAGGUCUUUUUUUUUCUUUUCAUGCCCUCCAUUGGAAACCACCAUUUUCAGUUCCCUGGGUCAUAGCACACACCCGGAAACGUCACAGAUGAAAUAAUGGCCAGCCGUCUCCUGUCUGCUGGGCCCUGGGACAGCAGGUCUGCGAUUCUGAUUCCAGACAUGCCUUGAGAGGUUCAGUGGCCGGGGGGAACUCUUGACCGGAGCUUCGUUGCCCUGAACAUCAAACUGACAGAUGGCCUCUGGCUCGCAAAACGCUUCGAAGAAAUGCUUGAAUGAAGGGAACCUGUGUGGUAGUUUGGCUGUUCCUAGCUCAUUGAUCGCAGGAUUCCUACCUAGAAGUCUAGAAGGAAGCCUUGCCAUCGACUUCAACAGCUUGACUGGGGCAACUUGUUCCACCCUCCCACCACCCUUUGUGUAAAGCAGUGCGGGCACAACGGAUCAGGCUGGACCCACAGGCUGAGAUGUUAACCCCUUCGACAGAGUUGCCCACCCCCCCCUGCCCGCCCCCCCAGCCAUCACACCGGCCCGAGAUGGCCUACAGGCAUUCGCUCGGCAUUCGAGUCUCCACUGAGCCAGCGACUUGACUUCUGGUAACAGUAAAGGGCUCGGCUGCGGCGAGAGGCAGCGGGCGUGUGUGUGUGGGAGGGGGGGGGCUCCCCAAGACCAGGAGCAGGAUUGGGAGCCCCUGGAGUAGCGCACAAAUGGGGACUUGGAACCCACACCCCUGAGGGCUUCCACCUCUGUCUGCAGGGUGCCCCAGGAUCCUUUGAAAAGGGGCCACUCAGUCUGAAAGACACUCAAGUUGGGGGGAGGGGGGAAGAUAGACACUAAUGGGGCGCCAGCACCUGAGGGAGCAGAGCGUGGUGGGGGGGGGCUCACAGUUUCCGUUAUUUUUCUUGGCUGUGUGAUCAGGCUUCUGAGAAGGGGCUGCUGACCUAGCGAGAAUUCAGAAAUGCGCCGGUCUUGUGUUUCAGGAUGAGUGGGCGACAGUGCUCUGCUAGAUCUAGGUCUGUCUCGCAGUGGGAGCUCAUGGGGGGGUGGGGGGGUUGGACUAGUGAGCCAGUGGCGUUCACAUUGCAAACUCCACUCCCCCAGGGGCUCUCUCUAGCAUGAGAUCUAAUGGUUGGAAUAGCUGGUGUAAUCAUUGCUAACACUCCUGCACGGAGCCCUGAACCCGAUCUGCUGUUCUCAGUCAAUCCGAGAGCAAAAAGACAGUGGCGGUCAGCCAGGGAGGGCCGAGUUCAAUGCCUUAACGUUUGUAACUCAUCGGUCUGACGAUUCCCAGCCUUUCCUUAAAUGGAGCCAGGGUAUGCGCUUGAACAACACAGAUGGGCAGCCUGUUCCACCCCCCCGCCACCCUCUGUGUACAGUAGCGCCUCCUGUCCUGGCUGGCUGUGUCUCGAGAGAAGCCAGGGUAUCGGCUUGAACAACACGGCUGGGCAGCUUGUUCCACACCCCCGCCCCCCUUUGUGUACAGCUGCGCCGCCCCCCCCCCCCCCUUGGCUUUUCUGUGUCAACAGCACAGAUCUGUCGUCCCCACUUGCAUCCUUCUGGUUAACGGUCUGUGUUAUCGGACCGGUCUUACUAAUGUGCUCAGAAGCUGCAGCUCAGCUACGCUGUCUGCCCAAUUUACAGCAUUAAGAAACACAAUCUGACACUCACCCCUCCCUUCGGUCCUGCCUCGCUCGCUCGCUCUUAAUAUUCUUUGUCUUUUUUGUCCUCUUGUGGCCGUCUCUCUCAGCGUUCUGCCAUGCCUGGAACAGAUCUGCCCACCCACGCCCCCUCACUCCUAUUUUUAAAAGACCUGACUUAGAUCUGUGUGGGAUUGGCGUCUGAUUCUAAGCUACUGCACAGCGGACAACUAGUGGAGGAGGAGUGGGGGGAUCCUGUACUGUGUUUGAAGUUUAUCUCUCUGAGAACCAUUUUCCACUCCCGGAAAAUAAAAUAAAUAAUCUCAACCUCACGA